AUAAAAAAUUUUAAAAUAAUAAAGAGAGAAUAGAGAGGAUCCAAAUCACAAUAUUCAAAUCCAAACACAAACACAAAAAAAGCCAACUCUUUCUCUACCAUCAUUCUAGUCAUCGCUCCUCAAUUCUCAACCGUUCGAUCCCAACCUCCAACAUUGAUUCUAGAACCUUCCAUUAAUUCCCCACUCUAUUUCACUUCACGCACCAUUCUAACUUCACCACGCGCUCAUUUUCUCCUCCAUCAUGAUCGUAACCGGAGAGAAGCCACUAAAGCGUUUGAAGAGAAAAGCAACCGCCGAUUUCCACAACUUUCCACCGUCAGAAGAUAACUUCUCCGGCGAACCAUUCCGAACGAAUGUACGUUCGUUUCUGACGAAACACGCGCUACUUCCUCCUCCAUCGGCACUUUUCCCUCACUUGCUGACGUGGCAGAUCAUGUUCCGAGUCGGUGGUGGUUUGAAUGAGACGGAGGAUGGAUCGGAACCGGUGGUUUGUCUCGAUGUUGUUGAAGAGGAUGUGGCUAGAUCUAGAUCCGUGUACUGCGAUCAGUGCCGAGUUGUUGGUUGGAGUGGGCACCCGGUCUGCGGGAAACGUUACCAUUUUAUCAUAAAGGCUGAUGGGAGCUCUAUUGGUGGGUAUCACAAGCCAUGCAUGUGCUGUGGAGAUAUCUUGCAUUUGUCAGAAUCCAAGUGCAAGUCUUGCAACCAUGUGACAAGUACAGAUGUUGUUGAAGAUUGGGUGUACCAGCAAUUGGAGAGCACUACUCAUCUUUUACAUGGUGUGGUUCAUACCAAUGGUUAUGGGCACCUUCUUCGUGUUAAUGGCAGAGAGGGAGGCUCAAGAUUUCUCUCUGGCUGCCACAUCAUGGACUUCUGGGAUCGGCUCUGCAAGACACUUGGAGUCAGAAAUGUUAGUGUGAUGGAUGUUUCAAAGAAAUAUGGGCUGGAGUACCGUCUGAUCCAUGCCAUCAUGAGGGGGCAUUCCUGGUAUGGUGAAUGGGGUUAUCAAUUUGGCUCUGGUAGCUAUGGUCUCACACAGGAAGCAUAUAAGAUUGCUGUUGAAAGCCUGUCUAACUUACCCUUAUCCAUCUUCCUCUCCCAUGACCAGAAGCCCCACUCUCGUGUGCAGGGCAUCAUUUCACAUUACCAGUCUUUGUCAGAACAUCAGCUUGUAAAUAUAAGAGACCUCUUCUGUCUUCUGAUGAGUUUGAUUCACGAUGUUGCCAAGACUUCAUCAAAGGUUGGUGGCAUUACCGGCAAGAAGCGCAGCUUUGAUGCCACCGGAGCGUCAUGUUCUUGGGAGGAGAGUGAUGUGGUACGUGUUGAGGAAGCCAUUCUCAAAGUGCUGCGUGCUGUGUCUCGGUCCAAUUGGGUGAGCUGGCGUGCUCUUAGGGGUUCUGUCUACAAGGUUGCCUCUGCAGAGCUGCUUGAUUACUGCCUUGGAGAACUGGGAGGAAAAGUGGUAUUGGGUUCAAUGAUUGUUAAUACCCGAUCCAAUCCUGAGACCGGAAUUUUUGAGUUCAGACUCGAGGGUGCAAACAGUUCUUGCGACGGAAAAACAUCAAACAAUUAUUCUUCAAGCUCAAAGAGUCUAUCUAAAGAGAACCUCCUAUAUGACCUGAAAUAUUUGUAUGGGUAUUUGCUUAACUCUCAGAUGAUGCAGAACUAUGACCCCCAGGGAAAAAGGACUCCUGUAAUGAGCUCAGCUCAGAAACUUCUGAACUGCAAGCAGUUAGUAAAAAAUUAUAGUCCUGAGAUGUUGCCAAUUACAGAUUUGUAUAAAAUACGCCUCUCAUGUCAAGUGGAACUUAUGGACGAAUCUGAAAAUCCCACAAUUCCAACAGAACUGGUUGUCCUACCAAUAAAUGCAACAGUGUCUGACCUUAAAAUCGAAGCAGCAAAUGCUUUUCAAGAUGUAUAUCUCAUGUUCAGAAGAUUUGUAGUCGAUGAGCUAGUUGGCUAUAGCAGUGUAGAUGAUUCCACUCAGGUCAAGCUCUUGUUAGGAUCAGCAGAAGCAGUUUGUGUCCGCGGAGAAUGCAUUGGAAAGAAUGGAUUGAGCAUGUUUCGAAUGGAACGGGGAAUCGAGAGGUGGACUGUGGAUUGCAGCUGUGGGGCUAAGGAUGAUGAUGGGGAGAGAAUGCUGGCUUGUGAUAAAUGUGGAGUGUGGCGGCAUACUAUAUGUUCCGACAUUCAUGAUAUACAACCUGUUCCUACUCAUUUUAUUUGUCUAAAAUGCCAAAACUCUGACUUGAAACCUAAAUCAGUUGGGAAUUGCAAAGAAGAAACUCUGACUAACAUUAGUGGUAGUAGCAGUUGCUUUAAAAAGGGGUUACCUGUGCCUUCUGAUGUUCACUAAGCGAUGAUUAUAUUUGUAUAUAAAAUAUAUUAUUUGCUUUUUGUUUCGGCCUGAAUGAAGUUUGUAUAUAACAGAAAAGGCCUAAUAGUUCGUAGGGCAUGCCAUGUUCACAUUUCAGGUUCUGCCUUUGUUUAUCAUGUACAUAUUCAAUUAACUUUUAGGAAAAAUGUUUAUUAA